GAUGAUGAUCAUGCAGCUGCCAGUGUCUCCAGUGAUGAUCUGGAGAAAGCUUAUAUAGCCAAAGGUUCUCCAAAGUUGAACUUCAAAGCUGGAAGACAUGAAUAUGAACUCAAUUUUGGAGCCAUGAUUCAGAAAAACCUUCGCUAUAAAACAGAGAGAGAGAUUUGCAGAAGACCUAAAUUUGUGUCUCAGAGAGAAGUAGAAAACGGAAAACGAAGGGGCUUUAAAUGUUCAGAAGCAUUUAAGGGCAUUCCAGCUCACUGGGACAAAUCUGCCUUGCCUGAACUGGGAUUCAAGCUGAUUGAGCUUGACAGUUCUUCUGAAGAAUACAAGAAAGUUAAGGUGGACUUUCAACGCACAAUGCCCAAAACAGUUAUUAAAAUGAUUCGUAGAGUUCAGAACCCAUCUCUCUGGGAACUGUAUCAAUGGCAGAAGGAACAAAUGCAGAAGAGCAAUGGUGGAAAGGCUGCGGAUGAGCGAUUUUUAUUUCAUGGGACCAGUAAAAAAUACAUUGAUGCCAUCUGUCAGCAGAACUUUGACUGGAGGAUCUGUGGCCUUCAUGGGACAGUCUAUGGCAAAGGAAGCUAUUUUGCAAGGGAUGCAUCUUAUUCUGACAACUACUGCAAGGAGGACUCGUACACCAAGACCAUGUUUCUCGCACGGGUGCUGGUGGGGGAGUUCACUCUCGGUAGUUCUUCUUAUGUUCGGCCUCCCUUGAAGGACAGCCAAAACUUCUACGACAGUUGUGUGAAUAGCUCUUCGAACCCUUCUAUCUUUGUCAUCUUUGAGAAGCAGCAGAUUUAUCCAGAGUAUCUCAUAGAAUACGCUAGCCAGGCAUUGGGAAAAAUGCUAUAGCAGCAAAACCUGUCAUUGUUAUGUUUAGCUGGUAUAAACAUUUUUUUAGUAUUG